AUGUCGGCCAUCAUGUCUCCUACCCUCUUUUUGCCCUUGUUCCUCGCCGUCAUGGUGAGCCAUGUCGCUUCACUCGCUUCCACCGAUACCAUUACCUGGGGUGGUGAUAACUCCAGGACUGGAUAUCAGACUAAUCAUGCUAUGGACCCCUCGGUCGUUGGAUCUUCUCAGUUCGGACAGCUCUUCAAGUCCGCGCUGCCGGGUGCUUACGGUGGCGUACCAGAACAGAUAUUCUCUCAGCCCCUCGUCUACACUCCCUCCGACGGCAUCCAGUAUCUUUUCGUGGCUACAACACAGAACAAUCUGUACAAGUUAAAUGCGAAGACGGGCGCUAUCGUUUCAUCAAGGAACUUGGGUGUUCCUUUCCUCACAGCAGACCUCGAAGGUUGUGUUGAUAUCAACCCCCAUAUUGGUGUCACGGCGACGGGGGUGAUCGACCCGGGCACCGAUACACUGUACCUGACUUCAAAGACAUAUAUUGAUCAGACGACGCUCAAUGUAGCGCAAGGAAGACCAGCUGGCCGAUACUAUCUCCACGCAAUCAGUGUCGACGAUCUUAGCGAACGAGCAGGCUUCCCGGUCAACCUCGAGGGAACCGUGGCCAGAAACAACCAGAUCAGAAGUUUCACUGGAGGAAUCCACCACCAGCGCCCAGCGCUCCUUCAUUCCGGACAAUACAUCUAUGCCGGAUUCGCAUCUCACUGCGUCCAGUACAAUUUCACUGGAUGGAUCAUGGGCUGGGAUAAGACGACCGGAGCCGUUGUCGAAAGUUACGCCACGGAGGGUCUGGGUGUCGAUGCUCAAACGAAGGGAGGUGGAAUCUGGAUGUCCGGAGGAGGUAUAGCCUCUGACGAUGCAGGCUCUAUGUUCUUCGCUUCUGGGAACGGAUAUGCCUCGCAGCUCAGCACGAUUCCCGUGAAUGGCCGCAACCCGCCCACUGCGCUAGAACAAGCUGCAGUGCACAUGACGAUCAACGCGGAUGGCAGUCUCACAAUUGUAGACUUCUUCAUGCCCUGGGAAAAGACACAGUUGGAUGGUGCAGACAAAGAUCUCGGAACCACCCCCCUCGAGCUUCUGCCUAGCCAGUUCUCUUGCGGCGAUGUGAAGCGCAUUGGCGUUGUUACCGGAAAAUCUGGAAAGACAUACUGGUUAAAUCUGGACGAUCUGGGAGGAUAUCAAAAUGGUGCCAACAAGCUGGAUAAGAUCAUCCAGGUUUAUCAGAACGAAAACUCUGUGUACGCUGGAGCAGGUGUCUAUCCUCUUGAAGGUGGAUACAUCUACAUCAGUGUCAUUAAUUACCCCACCCACGUCUUCAAGUUUACUUGCAGCGCUGGUGUUCCUUCUUUCGCAAAGGUAGCAGACAGCCCAACCAACAAUGCUGCUAUCCUCGGAACUGGACAUGGAACCACAACAUCUCUCAACGGACAAGCUGGUACUGGCUUGCUCUGGAUCAGCGAUGUCAGAGGAGCGAAUUUGAGAAUCUACAACGCCGUUCCCCAGAACGGACUAUUGACAAUGAUCAACUCGUUCAACAUCGAUAGUGUUACCAAAUUUACCCGGCCAGUUUUUGGAGACGGUAGGGCAUAUAUAGGAACUACCAAUGGUUAUGUGUACGGCUUCGGGUCACCUGUCAACUUGCCGAUUAACUGUACUUCGCCUGUGCAAUUUGGCUCUUCGAGUCUUAACAAUGCCACCGCCUCGCAGACCGUCACUUGCAAGGCCAAUAUUGCCGUCACGAUUUCCAAUAUCACACUCUCUGGAGAUCCCAACUUCAUCGUCAGUGGAUUACCCAAUGUUCCCGGCAACUAUGCGGCCGGGGCCAGCUUCAGCUUUAGUACCGUCUUCAACCCUAAAACUGUCGGUGUACUUUCAUCUGAUGUAUGCAUCGCUACGACAAACGGCGUGGCAGGUUACAGUACCAACACCCCCGUAACUCUCCGCGGUACAGGACAAAGUGCAAGCCCUUUGCUCCAGAUCAGCCCCGCUACCCUGGCUUUUGACAGUGUAGUUGUUGGAGGCCAAGUUGGUGGAGUGGACCAAACCCUGCUCUUCACCAACUUGGGAGAUGCUGAUUUGACGAUCUCGAAGAUGGAAUACUCGAUCGUUUCGGAAGCCGGUCCUUUCAUCGCUCCCAAUGGCACAGCUGCCAGCCCUCAAGCAGGACCAUUCACUUUCUCUAACCUGCCAACUACUAUCCCUGGGAACUCAGGAGCCAGUGUCAACGUCAACUUUGAUAGCUCUAAAACUGGUAAUUUUGGUGCUUACGUGAGGGUGACUUCAGACGGCGGAACCAAGAUCUUCGAUGUUGUCGCUACGGCUGGCUCUGCGCCCUCUGCCCUCAUCGAGUUCCAAACCCCGGAUGGACUGGGAUGGGUCACUUUUGACGCGGCCAGGAACUUCACAUUCGGCAAUGUUACCGAGAAUACUACGCGAUCGCUCAGGAUGCGCGUCACCAACAACGCUACAACCGAUGGUGCGAGACUUUCCCUCACAGUCUCAAAGCCUCCUUUCGGUGUUGCCGGUAUCAUCGGAGCAAACAACCAAGCCGACCUUGCUGAGGGAACAACUCUCGCGCCGGGAGAGAACGCAAUCGCCACUUUGUACUGCUCAGUUCCAAAGACGCAAUGGAACACGGAUCCUUACUCCGGCGUAGCACAUUGGACCAUGAACUUGAAUGAUCCCAACUUCGGCAAACACGAUAUUGGAUUCGCAUGCACGGCUGUCGCGGAGCAAGCCCCUCCCUUACAGUCCAACGGUCUGGGCACGUACAGGUAUACUGGCUGCUUCAAGGAGAGCAACCCGGGCCGUCAACUUCAGAAACAACUUGGUGCUUCAGCUACCAUGACCAAUGCCAUGUGCAUUACAGCCUGUAAUGCAGCCGGCUUCACCUACUGCGGAACACAAUACACCCGUGAAUGCUGGGGAGGUCCAACUAUCCCAAAUCUCCAAGUGGUAGAAGGAAAUUGCAACUUUGCUUGCUCAGGAGACAUUAAUCAGAUUUGUGGAGGUAACGGGGUCGGCGCAGGUGCAGGCGGAAGUUACAUCUCCUUGUUCGCGUUGAACGGGUCCGCAGUAGCUAAUCCAAGCUCCUCGGUCACGGCCACGACCACAGCUGUACCUGCUCCUACAGGCGGACCUUUCACGAAUCCCGGUGUUCUUGGAUACACCAGCGUUGGAUGCUACACUGAGGCUACAGAUGCACGAGCCUUGCCCUUUGGAAUGACCAUGAAUACCAGGACCGUGGCGAGCUGCGUUUCUGCUUGUGCAGCUAGCAAUUAUAUCUACGCUGGUUUGGAGUACGCCCAAGAAUGUUGGUGCGGUAAUGCAUUCUCAGCAGGCGCCGUCCCUACCGCCAUCACGGACUGUAACAUGGUCUGCAAGGACAAUGCCACCGAGUACUGUGGCGCAGGUAGCAGACUCAAUGUCUACCAGAUGAACACCGCUGCUUCGUCUUCUUCGUCUUCCUCCAGCAGGCCAUUCACUGUAUCUUCGUCUAUGAGCAAUUCUGUUUCCUCAGGAGUGUCUAGCAGCUUGACUGGAAGCGUUUCGAGUUCAGUCUCGGUGUCGAUAUCAUCUGGAACUUCUUCCGCUAGCAUUACUGGAUCGUCUAGCGGCCCAUUCUCAAGUUCUGCGAGUAUCACAGGAUCAUCUUCGGUUGGAAUUUCUAGCAUAUCUUCGAGCCCAAGUGCCACUCCCAGUCCAACUGGUCCUCAAAUAAGACAGGUCGUUGGCCAAUACACAUCCCAAGGAUGCUGGACCGAGUCGACCACCGGCCGAGCUUUGUCAGCUAAGACGUAUGCUAAUGACUCGAUGACUCUGGAAUCCUGCGCAGCCUUCUGCACUCCCUACUUGAUGUUUGGCGUGGAGUAUGGACGAGAGUGCUAUUGUGGUAACACCUUGGGAGCUGGUAGUGUCAGGGCUACUAACCAAGCAGAUUGUUCGUUCUUGUGCCCAGGGGAUAAGACGACCUUUUGUGGUGCAGGUGUCAGACUUCAACUCUACGCACUGGGCGCUUCUUCCUCGAGUAGCUCUGUUGCUCCAACAUUGUCUUCGAUUUCUAGCACAGCCAGCUCUGUCAGCACAUCUUCGGAGUCCUCGGUCAUCAGCUCAUCGGUAUCUUCGGUCAUCAGCAGCUUAUCGAGUUCCUCAGCGAUCAGCUCGUCGAUAUCUUCAGUCGUCAUCAACACGUCGAGCUCCUCUAGCGUCGCGCCAACAUUCACUCCAGCGCCAGUAUCAAGCUCUACCCCGGCAUCAACUUCAUCGCGGCCCGUAUCAAGUAGCUCCAGUCAAGCACCGUCCAGUGCACCCACAACCACCUCCUCCUCCCCCACCCUCUCAACCUCCACGACAGCCACUACCUCCAAACCAGCCACCUACACCGGCCCCCCCGUCACUUCGCAAGGAAACGCCAACUUCACCUACUACUCCUGCGUCUCGGAGCCCUCCGCUGGCCGCCUGCUGCCCUUACAGCUCUACAACAACGGCACCUCCAUGACCAUCGCCACCUGCCUCUCCGUGUGCGCCCAGUACAAGUACGCCGGCGUCGAGUACGGCCGGGAGUGCUGGUGCGGUAACGCCCUCAACUUCGCCGGCAACGCGGGCGCCACGCCCGCCGCCAACGUCAGCGACACCCAGUGCUCCAUGAAGUGCCCCGGCAACUCGAGCGAGUUCUGCGGCGCCGGCAGCAGGCUGAAUCUCUACUAUUUUGAUUUUGCCAAGGCUGCGAGCAAUGCUGCUGCGUCGUCGCAGGUAAUUCGAGGAAACCUCCAACAAAUCAAUAGGUUUAUUGCGAUUGGGCAAUCAAGCGCGAGCGGGGAAAACCCGACGAUGGAGGAUGAUGGCAGCACUCAAUCCAAACAAAAUCUCCCGACCGGUCAAGAGAGAGACGACGAACGGAUUAUCGGCACUCUUUUGUCUUGGUACGUUUUGGAGGACGGACGAUGCCAAUCUCAUGAUUUCAACUAUCCUGGAUCUUCAAACGUACUGCGUUCUACGCUCGCUGUAGCGACGCUUUCGCAGGAGUUUUGCAACAAGAUCCGGUGCGAGGCAGAAGCUAAGAAGAUCUAUGGCUGGGAAGCUCUCACCAGGGCAUACUGGACCGAGAUCUCACAAAAGCUUUUGGGAAUGAGGGUCCAAUCUGGCAACGAUUCAAACGCUGGAAAAGCCGAUGCGAGUCAAUGCCCUCUCCAUGUCACCGUAGGCUCAGUCUGCACAUCCACCGGCUUCGGACUUGGAGAGAUACUCUACAGAUCAUCUCCAACUGCGCUAUCAGAAACACGAUCGUGCACGCUAGCAUUCCAGAGAUGGGCAAGGCUGGAGAGACUCAUGAUCUGA